AUGACCUGCGAAGCGUGCCGUACUAUCCCUCCUGUUAUUUCGGAGGGGUAUACACCCAAGGGGAGUUAUACGCAGAUUGCUGAUUUGAAGACAUAUAUCACCGGUCCCUCAACUGCUACCAUUGGCAUCAUCGACAUCUACGACAUCUUCGGUAUCUCCAACCAAACCAUCCAAGGUGCUGAUCUCCUCGCUGCGCGACUUAAUGCUCUCGUCCUAGUCCCUGAUUUCUUCCACGGUGAGCGCGCCGAUCUGGCGUGGUUCCCGCCGGAUACGGAGGAGAAGAAGCAAGCUCUCUUUGGGUUUAUUAAUACCAAGGCAUCGGUGGCGGAGAAGGUGGGUGUGUUGGGGAAGGUCGCUGAGGAUGCGAAGGUGAAGUUUGCGUCGGUGAAGAGUUGGGGUGCGUUUGGGUUGUGUUGGGGUGGGAAGGUUACUGCGCAGGUCUCGGGGCCGAACUCGCCUUUUGUUGCUUCGGGGCAGGUGCAUCCUGGGUUCUUGGAUGCCGAGGAGGCUAAAAAGCUGACUAUUCCUCAUAUCGUGCUUGCGUCUAAGGAUGAGCCCGUUGAGGCCGUCAAGGGGUACACAGAGGUUAUUGCUAGCAAUGGCAUUGGUGGUAUUGUCGAGACUUAUCCUACCAUGUGGCAUGGCUGGAUGGGUGCUCGUGCUAAGCUGGAGACUCCGGAGGGAUUGGCAGAGUACAAGCGGGGGUACAAUCAGCUGGCUGAUUUCUUCGAGAAAUAUGAAGCAACCCAUCAUAUGAUCAUGACGUCCUCCCCCUCCGUCCUCGUCUUCGGCGUUGGCAGCGUCGGGGCCAUCUACCUCCACCAACUGCAACAAGCUGGCUGCACCGUCACUGCCGUCUGUCGCUCCAACUACGAUGUUGUCGCCCACCACGGCUUCACCCUGCGCAGUCCCCGCUUCGGCACCGUCACGUAUCGCCCCGACCACACUGUUCGCUCCGUGCACGACUGUCCCCGCGACACCGGAUACGACUAUGUCCUUGUCACGACCAAGGCUUUCCCCGGUCGGACGCCCUCCCUAGCGGACCAGCUUCGACCGGUCCUUGAAAACCGUCCAAACACAGCCAUUGUCCUGGCGCAGAAUGGCAUCGACAUCGAGAAAGAUAUCGCAGACGCGUUUCCCUCCAAUCCAGUCAUCAGCGGGGUGGUAUACCUCCCUACCGUUCAGACAGAAGCUGGUGUGAUUGAUCAUGCGGAGCCCCUGGACCUCUUGGAACUAGGAACGUAUCCGGCGCGCGCGCCGGAUGGACAUAGACGGGCGGCGGAGAGAUUCGUCGAGUUAAUGAUAAAAGGAGGCGGGGAUGCGGUGCUGUUUGAGGAUAUACAAGAGGCGCGAUGGGCGAAAUUGUUGCUCAAUGCAGCAUGGAAUCCAAUCUGUGCGUUGUCAUUGUGCACGGAUGGCGGGUUCCUGUUGACCUCGGAGCCGUUUGCGCGUGAUUUGGCCUGGGGGAUUAUGAUGGAGAUUGUGGCAUUGGCGAGGGCGGUAGGGAUUGCGGGCGUGGAUGAGGAGGCGGCGAAGAAGAGAUUCGCAUUGGCGGAGAGAAGGGCUAAAGAGGGGACAGGAAGAGAAAUGAGUAUGCUGCAGGAUGUGAAGAUGGGGAGGCCAUUUGAGGUCGAAGCGAUCGUGGGGAAUGCAGUAAGACUGGGGAGGACAUGCGGGGUGUCAAUGCCCCGGUUGGAGACGGUGUAUGCAUUGGCCAAGGGGAGGCUAGAUGUGUUAAUGGGUGUGUAG